GGUAACUGGUAACUGAAAUUGUAUCACAUCACAAGGAGCUAUCAGGUCCGGAGCAGCACGCUUUCUCCAAAAUAACUUCAAAACAAGCAAGGUUCUCAUAAAGCACGUCAGAUAAAGGAUUUUAUUCUUUCCAAGGAUAUUUUCUCCCCACCUUCACGUAAACUGUCCGAGUCGGAGCUCGCUUUUCAUGGCCUUUGACCUCUGGAGGAGGAUGCUCCUGAAGGAGUAACUCAAGCUUCUGUUUGUUGAUGUGAUGAAUCUUCACUUCUUAAGCGGAUGAAAUGCCUUGAAGCUUGCACCGCCUUACCAUGGCAGGUUUUCUCUCCACUGUGGGUUUGGCGGUGAUGCUCCAGGCUCUGGUGCAUGACCAGUGUGCAGCGUUUCUGGGGAUAACAGUGUUGGUAACGCUGAUCUCUGCUGGCUCACCUCUUCCAGACGAGUCUCUGUUGGACUCACACACCUCCCCUGUCGAAGUUCUUGGAGUGGUUCCAAAGACAACAAGAUCAUCACCGUCCACCUUACCAGACUCGCAUUAUACUGCCUUUAAGAAUCCGGAGUCACUCAGUGCCCUGCUCUCCAUCCCUGAACCAGUUUCCAAAGCAAGAACUGCUGACAGCGAGCUUUUUAAAUCAGGGCAUGAUGCUUCUGAAAACUCUAAAUCUGUAGUGCCAAGGAAUGUCUAUGCAGAGGAGACAGGCAUUCGAACAACUCCACCAUUAAGCCCCACUGGACUUCCCCAGGGAUUUGAGGCAUCAGCUACAAGCUCCACUGAAAAGAGGGGGGUUAGGACUAAUCCUCACAAACAGGAAUAUAAUUUUUCUCUAUAUUCCAAGCGAUGGAAGCAACUACCCCAGUCUGAUGCGUCUCUGACAACCUUAAAUCCUUCUGCUUUGAGAAAAUCAACAUUUCAUCAAGGUCUUGAUCUUGAAGAAGAAACAACUUCAAGCCUGGUGCAGAAUGGGACAUUAAAACAACUGCAGUCAGUCGUGACCUCAGUGGCCAACCCACCUAUUGAACCUCCCGAACUAGCUUUGUCUGAGUCUGAAAGUCAAAAGGUUGCUUCAAGCCGCCAGAUAGUGCAGAACAAAUCUGAACGGAACAUGAACACACUACCUAGCUUAGACGAGAUCAUGGCUCCUGGCUACCAUGUGCCUUUCAUCACCCCCCAAUCCUCGUUGAUUUUUUCUGACCCUAACCAGGUGCCUUCAGAGGACUUCUACCCUACCAACACCAUGAAUGUGGACUGGGGUUCUGGAGACUACUUGGAAACAAUGUCCUUCUUCAACACGGAUAAUGAUGAUUACUCUCUGGUUACUAGAGUUCUCUCAGACCCAUACGAUAUGGAGGACGACACGGAAAUGUACGACACAUCCUUUCCUUCCAGAGUGGGCAUAUCGCCUUCCUCCAGGCACCCUGGUUAUGUCUCAUCUUCUUCCAGCCUCAUGACGCCACACCUUACCGUUCCUCCACAUCAAUCCAUUAAUCCAUCCUCCCUUUCUACAAAGGUUUCCAAUUUACUGCAGCCGACUGAUGUAGCUGGAACAGAUGCACCUGACGUAUCAGACAUUGACUGGGGAGAUGCCUUCACAAUUCGACCAACAGAUGUCCUCUUGCCUGACAUGAACAGCUUAGAGUAUUACACCACUCAGCUGACGAAGGACAGCAAUGCUUCAGAAACUGGAGCAGAGUACAGGCAGAAUGUCACUGAGAUAUCCCUCAAUGCUACAGUGGCUCCACCCUCCACAGACGUCAUCACUGAUGGUAAUCUGACAGAGGGUGAGUCCUCCAGCGAUCUGUCAGGGUUUGGGCCUCAUUAUGAAUCAACUACAAUAGUUACCACAGAGAUUACUCCCCAGCUGAGCAAUGCUUCUGAGUCUUUUCUUGAUCCUUCCAUCAUCCCAACCUACAUCUUAGAUCCCUCUUCUUCUGUAUGGGGUGGUCCAGUUUCCACCACAGGCUGGUUUACACAUACGCUCACCAUAGAUAUUGAUUCUGCUUUAGCAGAAGUUUUACAUCCAAGUGCAACAUCUCUGCUACCAGAAGAUUUAGCGUCGUCUUCUUCUCUGACAGAUGUCCAUUGGUGUGUUACAGAAUCAUUCGAUGACGGCCCUACACUCAUUACUCCUAUCAUAACUGCAACUGUAGCCUUCUCUCCUGAACCCCCUGAAAACACCACUGCCAUUGCAACUGACCUAAUGUCCCAAGACUCAUUUGCAACUGAACAAACCGGCGAUAUGACUCUAGUUUCAAAUGAAUCCAUGUCUUACAAUGUUACUCUGGUUCCUCCGGUUAUGUUUGGUGAUCAGAGCGUGAUGGAGGAAGACGGAGCGGAUAACCUAACCACAGUGGUCACAAACCCAACGAGCAGUGAAAUUAUUACUGCUGCGGCAAUCACAAAUCCAGCUGCCACAAAUACCUCUCAUCAGGCAACAACCGGAUCUUCUGCCACCGCUGAAACCUCAACUAGUGUUAGCAUCACCACUACUACCAGCAAAAUAACCACAGCUCCAUCAACUACAUCAAGACAGUACCUCUGCAAUGUUGACCACCCUGCUUAUUUAACAAAGACUGGUUUCCCGUCUGGGGUGACUGUUGGAUUUGCCAAAUCUCAAGUGAGAGACAUUCUGAAAGUGGAAUUUAACAAGUCAGUGGAGCUGCAGGUUGUUAGCCCUCCUCCACAGUUCGUCUUCCGGGUGGUGUCAGGUCCAGUUGUGUACACAGCCAUAUCUGUCAUCAACGCUUUGCGAAGGUCCGCCCGGCGCUUCCUGUAUGUGUCCCCUAACCAAACGACACCGGACCAGAAGUACCAAGUCCACACAGUGUUGCAGUUUAUCCCGGGUCAUGUUGACAUGCGAUACUGCAGCUUCUUUGAGAGCGUGGAGAAAGGUUUGAUCAUGGCUUUUGCAGAAGUACGGCGUCGGUCGAAGGAAUCAACCAACUUCACCAUCCAUAUUCUAAACAUCACUACGGCUACAAACAGAUAUGGGGAAAAACAGCUGACGAGGCAACCAGUAGACAUCACCUUCACUGUCAGUGGUUCUCGGGGUUAUCUUAUGGGGUCGAAGGUCAGCAACGCACUAAUGAAGCUCACAAUGGUAGAGUUUAGCUACUACAUUGGUUUCCCUGUGCUGCAGAUUGCAGAGCCUUUCCAUUAUCCAGAGCUGAACACCAGUCAGCUUCUUCGCUCCUCCUGGGUUAGAACAGUUCUCCUGGGUGUUCUGGACAAGAAAAUGAGCGAACGGACCUUUCAAGCCAACAUGGAGCGCAGAGUGGCCUUGUUGCUUGGGGAAGCAAUGGGACAAGUCAGACGGGUCAAAAGAGCAACCACUGUUGGCAACAGCAGCGUACAGGUUUUGAGUGUGAGUCGGCUGGAGGGUGCCGACAAUCCAGCAGAGAUGGUGUAUUUUGUGGAGGGUCAUAAUGGUCAGAGGAUGCCUGCUGUCCAAACCGCCAACCUGCUGAACAGCCUGGAUGUUCAAAGGGCCGCCAUUAUCCUGGGCUACCGUGUGCAGGGCGUUCUGGCUCAGCCUGUAGAGAAACUGGCGUCCUCCCCCUCCAACUCAGAGAACAACAACAUGUGGAUCGUCAUCGGCGUGGUGGUUCCGCUGCUCGUCGUCGUCAUCAUCAUCUCCAUCCUCUACUGGAAGCUCUGCCGGACCGACAAGCUGGAGUUCCAGCCGGACGCCAUGACAACCAUCCAGCAGAGGCAGAAGCAGGUUUUAGUUAAAGGAGGCCAACAGCUACAGGCUCCCAGUGUGAAAGGCUUUGAUUUUGCCAAACUCCAUCUUGGCCAGCAGAGUAAAGAUGAUGUCAUGGUGAUCCAGGAGCCCGCCCUGCCAGGCUCUGGCUCUGCUCCUCUCGCUCAGUCCAUUAAAGAUGGCUUCAGUCCAUCUGAGAACGGCGAGGUCCCAACGCCCAAAUCCAAAACCUCCGCCUCCUCCACCAAGGCGUCCCGCGGCGGCCGGAGGCGAGAAAGGAUCUCCCCAUCAGACGGUGACUCAGUGGUGAGUGACCACUCCAGUGAACGGGAACCCACUGAGGAGAACCCGAGAGCCCACGCCACGCCCAGCGACAGCAAGCAGACCCGUCCACCACCUAUGAAUGGUGCUGCAAAUGAGCAGCUGUCGUCAGCCUCCAUCUUUGAACAUGUCGACCGGAUGUCUCGUGCCACAGAUGCGAGCCGCAGACUUCCCAACAAAGUCCAGCUCAUCGCCAUGCAGCCAAUGCCUGUCCCACCACUGCACAGCCAACCCGUCAACGGCAAACCGUCUGAUCCCAACCAAAUGAACAAGGAGAUCCAGGCAGCGUUGAGGCACAAGUCAGAGAUUGAACAUCAUCGUAACAAGAUUCGUCUGCGCGCCAAGAGGAAAGGUCAUUAUGAUUUCCCUGCAAUGGACGACAUGAUCGGCAGCCUCAGCGACACAAAGGAGCAGGAUCGCAUCUACCAGAAGGCACAGACUCAAAUCGAUAAGAUUCUGGAUCCAGAUAAUCCCGUUCCCGCCGUCUUUAUGGAUUCCAAGAAAAGCGGUCGUGGGCGGCGCUCUCCAAAGCAGAGAUUGAAGGAUCAGCUGAAUGGAGGCCUGAUAGAAGCAGAUAAAGACCACCUCAUCACUGAAGACAGCGACGCCGUUUAUAGGAAGUGCCCUGGGGUCAACAACGUGGCCUACGUGUCGGACCCGGACCAAGGCCCCAGUUCCCCUCAGAGGAGCCCCUCCCCCACCGAUGAUGUCUUCCUCGGCCCAGCUUCCUCCCCUCCGGGCCACGCCCCGCCCCCGCCCCCCUACCUGCCCCCACAGCCCUCCAUUGAGGAGGCGCGGCAGCAGAUGCACUCGCUGCUGGACGACGCCUUCGCUCUGGUGUCACCCACCUCUCAGAGCAGCACGGCGGGCAUCACUCUGCCCGGGGUCAACAGCAACCCCCAGGGCUGCAGCCCUCCAGGCCGGGGCCCCAGGGCCUGGGGCCCCUCCUACCAGCCUCCUUUUCCUGGUAGAUUCACUGAGCUGGGUGUCUCCUCUCCUGCAAUCCAAGGCCUGACCCCAAGGCAGGGCCUUGGCUCCAGCUACCUGCCACCAGGAGAAGCCGCGGGCCUCAGCGAGUCUCUCCAGCCGGACAGCUUGUUCUCCAGCAGGGGGCUUUACGCCAAGGAGCUGCCCUCGUCUGCCAGGCCGCGGCCGGUGGGGGGGACCACAGGCGCCCAGCUCCAUCACCUCACACAGGUGGGCCUGUCCAGCCGCAUGAACGGCUACCCAGCAGGCAUCAGGGCGGCUCCCGGCCAGAACGGAGGCCUGAGCUGGAACCUCUACCACACUGACAACUUCUCCAGGCUGGAAGUUGAAAAAGAGGCAAUGCACAGGAGUAGAAGUGGGGAUCCCACGGCGCCCCCUGCCCACCUGGACACAUCAGCGGCGGUGGCGUACCUGUCUUCCCCCCCGCCCCUGGACACGUCGCCCCCCACCCACUCCUCCGCCUCACUCAUCAAGGCCAUCAGAGAGGAGCUGCUGCGUCUCUCCCAGAAGCAGGCGGCCGUGUCCAGCUACCACAGCUGAAGUUCUGGACACCUGAUGAUGCUUCCCAUGGAAGCUCCUGUAGCGCCACAGCAGAGGAACUGUCCUGCUAAAGUGAAGCGGUGGUUCACCUAAUCCUCAGACUCAAUACAGGAAAAAAAACAAUAGAUGAACUGAGAGGAAGGGUUGUGAAAUGGGACAAGUGUUUCUGUCUCAAUGACCAGGCUGGGAUAAAUCCAGCCGUUUCCACUGUAGAACCAUCAUUUCACUGUACUACUUCAGACUCAGUAUUCUGUCAUGUUUGUAUUUUACAAUCUUACCUUCACAAACAGAAACACCCCAUUUAUGGAAGCGUUUAACUGCCAGUGCCUAGAAAUAAAUCAAGAGCAAAACCUUCUCAUUAUAAUGAGGUGAGUUUUAUAUCUCAUUUAUAACAAGAAGGUUUUCUUGUUAGAACAAGAAGAACUUCUUGUUAUAAGCAAUGCUCUCCUCUGACAGACUGACGUCUUAAAGAGGGAUAAAUCACCAUAAGUUGUUUUUUAAAUCUUAUUUAAAUUAGAUACUUUAUUUCCAGCUUCUGGUAGUUAAAAGCUUCUGUACUCCAUAGUGUCCACUCAUCACAACUAUGAAGAAUUAUGUAUGUAGUUAAACUGUUUUGAAUGAUGACGAAACAUCAGUGGCAUCAAGUCUAACUCUUCUCUAAUCCAACAUGGUCAAAAUUGUGCAUACAGGCUCAGACAUCCACCACACUCACUGAUUUAUUAACCAACAGGAGCAUUUUAAAGUCUGUUCUCUGAUCUGUCUGAUUUUGUUUUAGGCAGACCUGUGAAGACGCUGUUGCAGGAAAGAUAAACGCAUGGAUGAGUUUCUGUAGAUUUUUAGUUCUAUAAUCCUGAAAAUGUACUUCAGGUGUUAGAAGACUGACUUUGUAACAGUUUUUAUAUGACUCUGAAGAUUCAGGUCUGAGCAGCACUAUACCCAGAUUUUGGUCUUCCUUCUUCUUUAUGCAAUCCACUUUGCACCACUGGCAGCAAACAGAUCCUCAGCAUGAUGCUGCCACCACUUUGCUCUACAGUUUUUUCACUUCUUUAGGGUUAAGAGCCUGUAUAAGCAUUCUUCUUCUCUCCAAAACUAAAGUACUCAGUUAUAAAAUGUUCUCCGGAAGAUUUCUUUGAAGUACAUCUGGGUGUCAAAUACAGAGCAAUGUGGAAUCAUGACCUCUGACCUUAACUGAGGCAGUGAGAGCUUUAGAUUAUGUCAAAAAGUUUCUGUGGCCUUUUUUCGCUCAACAGGUGACAUUACAAUCUGAGAACUGUUUCUUUGAAGGUCUGAACAAUGUAAGUCAGUCACAUUUUUCAGCCUGUAUGCAUAAUUUUGACUCCUAAUUUGAUCCUGAUUAUUGUUGUUUUUAAAACAUAACAGGAUGAAUGUUCCACCAGUCCUUAAAGGAAAUAGAAAGUUCAAAAUAUGCUGUUAAAACCCAGACAGUUAAUAAUAUUUCUGUCCAUAAUGAGUGGAUGUAAACUCUACGACUCCGACCAUCAGCAGCUCGUUUUUGUAUUUCUGCCAUGAUUGAGCCUCGCCUGCCUUGACCCUGUGAUGUAAACAUCAAGCAAGCCUGACAGUGUGGCUUCCAUACAUGAUAAUACUGAACAUUUCUUCCUCAAUUAUAAAAACCAUUUCUGUUCAUUUUGAUCAUGUUUUUUCAUGUUAAAGUUCUAUACUGUUUAUUUCUGUGUAAUAUCUAACCGACUGGUAUUUAAUGGCCUUGGUAGGAACCUGAAACAGUUUUCUGGGCUGGUUUUAUGUAUACUUGACAUAUAUAUUACUGUAUGUAUUAAGUAUUUGGCUGUAACUUGAUGCACUGUUUGCAGACUACUCACUGCACCUCUGGUGUUUCAAAAAGAGCGAGUUCAAAAGUCAUGAGCUGUAAACUAGGACAGGCAACUUUUCUGUGUUAACUAUAUAUUGGACCAUCAGCUUUUAUUCUCACAGUAUUUAAGGUUUGCUCUGCCUUUUUGUACUGUACUGUACUUUUUUGUCAUUUUUUGUGCUUUAUAAAUUGCCUCAUGUGAUUAUGUUUACUUUAUUUGUUUUUUUUAGUUGUUAAAAAUCUUACAAGAUUGCAUUUUUCACAAGCAACGUCCUGACGUGUUCUAUCCAGGGGCUGAGGUAAUUUAUUGAAGUGAAAUAAAAGAUGGAAAUGUGGAUUUUGAA